GCCAAAGAAGAGGAAAGCAGGCGUGACGUCGUAGUGUUUACAGUGUUCAGUUGAGCCGCAAGCUGGUCGGAAGAAAACCAGAGCUAAUGAAGCGGAUUUAAUAGAUUUUCUCUCUUUCUAUUCGCGUAUUUACCGGCAGAGUUCGGGCGGAUUUCAAUGGGUGGUCACGGGGUUUUGGGGAACGAGCCUGACUCUAUUGACUACUCGGUUCACGAAGCCUGGAAUGAGGCCACCAAUGUCUACCUGCUGGUUAUUCUGGUCAGCUUCGGCCUGCUGAUCUACGCCAGAAAAAACAAAAGGAAGAUCAUGCGUAUCUUCACUCUGCCUCCCACCGUUGGCAGCAGCCCGGAACCCAACUUCUACGAUAGCCUGCAGAAGGUCCGCCUGCGGCAGCAGCUGGAGAUGUACUCUCUUGCCCGGAAGUUUGAGCAGCAGCAGGGCCAGACAGACAGCGUGCAGCUCUCCAUGGAAUGAGAGCAGGAGGGAACUCGUCCCUUUCUGUCAGACAAAACACUCCUGCAUCUUCAGGGCCUCUGUACGUGGAUAGGAAUGGACUUGGAUGGCUGUCAUGAUCAAAGAUCGUUCAAAAGCCGAUUCUCCUAUCCUGGUUGUUUCUGUUUGGUUUCUUGAAUGAGAAGUGUCUUCAUGUACCUUCUGUUGUCUCUUCUUCGUCUGUUAUGCAUGGAGUAGAUACAGCUGGAAGGAUGGAGAAACCAAGGGCAGAGGGGAGUGUGGCUUCUUGGAGGUCUGCUGUAUGGCGUCCAUUAGUGACUGUUAAUUUGGAUAGAGGAAUGAUAAACGUGUAACUGCAGUGUAUGUCACUGAGAUACUUUCAGUGUAUUGUGAGAUUAAAAAAAAAUUCACCAUGAAGAAUUUCUUGGACAGAACAAGGUCCUUCAAAUUUAAAAUAGGUUCUAGUUGGUUUUAAUUUUUUUUUUUUUUUUACUUGUCAAAUGUGAAAAUAAAAGCACAUAAACCCA